AUGUCCCUGGUCGUCCUGAAUUCAGGGUCUCUUUACAGCACAUAUAUAUCUACGGUCGACCAUCUACCGUGCGAUAUCAUCAGGUCACUAUGGCUCGUGCAGUGGUGUAAUAUUGCUGUUGAGAAAGAAGAAGCACAUCUUCACGAGCUUUUCCUAAAGCAUGGAAACGAUACACAGAAGGUUGCUGCCGAGGAAUAUGCACAGCUGAGGAGAAAGAUCGAGAUUUUAUCGAGGGAAUCAGCUGAAGAGGUGAAUGCGUUGUAUGACCAACUUCGAACACAUGAGAGUAUGCUUAAAGAUGAGAUCAUACAGCUACAACGAGUCGCCGAAGCUCCGGCCACGAAAGACGAAUCCAGUACACAAUCACUACGAAAACAACUUGAGGAACAUUACAAAAGCAAUCCUUUACCCUCACAGACAGAAGCAAUGCGUAAGAGUCUAGAUCAAAAGAAGAAGCCAGACACAAAUGGCAUAAAGCUAAUAUUGAAACUUUCCAAGCACGAUGAGCCACGAGUAAUACGAAAAAGAGGAAGACCUCGUAAGGAUGAGAGUGAUCUACUUCGAAGGAUUCCCACUAAUACAUCUGAUCUAAAGCUAUCGCCAAAGCCAACACCUACGAAGAUACAUAUUAAGCCACCCACGCCCACGAUGAAAAGUUUUGUUCCUGAAACCCUUCCAGAACCAGAACCCGUGGUUGAACAAGAGGAGACAUUUUGCUUUUGUAAACAGCCCUCGCUGGGUGAUAUGAUCGCUUGCGAUAACGACAAGUGCCCCAACGGUGAAUGGUUUCAUUAUAAAUGUGUCGGUCUAUUGAAUAGAGUAGAGGCGCUCAAAUAUGCCACUCAAAAGUGGUAUUGUUCCGAAGGUUGCCGCCAAGCUGGACAAGCGGCACUCGAAAGGAAAAAGAAGAACAAAAAGAGACGGAAGAACUGGUAA